GAGCAGCAGAAGCCAGAGUCUUCAGACCUAGAACUGGGACUCCCAGUCCAUCGGACGACAACCGCAUCGGGCUGCCUGACUCUUAUACUUCGGCACCUGCAUCUGCUCACGCUCUUGGCUUGAAUCCCUGUAGCUAUGAAGUUCAGCUCGGCCCUCAAGUUCAACGCCGUUCCCGAGUGGUGGGAUGACUAUAUCGCUUAUGAUAUCCUCAAGAAGUUUAUAUACCAGCUCGAGAAACAACAACAAGGUCAAGUUGAGACGCCAUAUCGUGACUUAGAAGCUGGCGGAGAGUCCGACAUCCUAGAUAUUGCUAGCCGCGAUCCUGCGAAUCGCGAUGCAACCUUUAUACCCCUCCUCGAUCGCGAGUUACGCAAGAUAACUCAAUUUUACGAGCUCAAGAGCAAGGAAUUUUUUGACGAGCUCGCCGCUCUCGAGGAGUUCAUCAAACAACAUGAGGAGAACGGCGUCAGUGCGGGAGACAACUUCCUCGACGGGGACAUGGACGGAGAUGACGAUGACGAUGACGAUGAGAUUGACGACGAGCAUGGCGACCCAGGCCACGCUGGUUCAAGUGGGCGUCUCAACCGGCGUCGACGUCGUAGCUCGGCGGCUCGCGAACCACAUUUCCCAGAGCCUAUCCCGGAGGAAGGAUCCUAUCGUGAUAGCAUUUCGUCAAGCGAGGACGGCUAUCCCAACGAGAUGGAAGCAUCCCUAGCUACCCUGAGCUUGCAACCGCAAAUUGCGACCCCGCUUUCUCCCAUCUCCCGCCGGGUGGAUAGCACAUCGAGAAGUGUAUCGCCGACUGCUCGUCGUACGGAUGGUGGUACCUACAGCAUGUCCCCGAUUGCUCGUCGUACGGGUGCUGGCUCGCGGAGCCGUUCACCCACCGACGUGAAGCGAGGUGGGCUGGCAGGACGCUUUCGUUCUUUGAAGGAUAGCUUUACCAGUGCUGCAAGUGCUGACAAGACGGACGAUAACAAUGUGUGGACGGCUAGGUCGAGCUAUGCUUGGGAUGCUAGGCUCCUAACCAAGCGCAAGAUCACGAACCUAUAUGUGUCAAUGUCCACCUUGAGGUCUUACGUCGAAGUCAAUUAUUCCGGUUUCCGCAAAAUCUUGAAGAAGUAUGACAAAGUCACGUACAGCGAGUUGAAAGACCGGUACAUGCACGACCCCGUUGAACAAUCACUUCCGUUCACGCACGAAGCGAAAGAGACCCUCGAUGCUGCGCUCGAUACCCUUAUCUCGUUAUAUGCGCGGUGUGUGACUCGCGGCGACAAGUCUAUCGCGUCCCAGCAGCUCAAACUGCACCAACGCGAACACGUUGCAUGGGAACGCAACACCGUGUGGCGGCAGAUGAUCGCGCAAGAACGGCGCGGCGUGUCCGACACUGCAGGCGCUGAAAUGGCUGGUGCGACUUUGGUGCACGAAGAGGACAAGGGGCUCGCGAGCGUGUCGACACCAUUUGGCAAGCUCAAGGUCACCAAAAAGCACGUUUUCUUGUUGCUUGCCAUCGUGGUGUUCGUCACCCUGCUCAAUGUCCAGGUCGUGGUUGGGCUGGAGGCCAACCGUUGCCUUGCAAUCUUGAUAUUUAGCACGAUUUUGUGGGCUACUGAGGCAAUUCCUUUGUUCGUCACGUCAAUGAUGGUCCCGUUGUUACUCGUCGUUUUCAGGGUCUUACGCGAUGCUGGCGGCGAACAGGAAUCAGCACAAGAUGCCACGAAAUACAUCUUCUCCGUAAUGUUCUCGUCCACAAUCAUGCUCCUCAUUGGUGGCUUCACCAUCUCCUCUGCCCUGAGCAAGACCAAUAUCGAUCGCGUCCUGAUCACUCGUGUGCUCAGUUUCGCAGGGACGAACCCGCACCGUGUUCUGCUCGCGUUCAUGGGGGUAUCGUGUUUCGCCAGCAUGUGGAUCAGUAAUGUCGCUUCGCCGACGUUGUGCUUUGCACUCAUUCGACCUAUCCUCCGGACAUUACCCCCUCGUACAUCGUUUGCGCCAGCGCUCAUUCUUGGCAUAGCCCUUGCAGCUAACAUUGGCGGCCAAAGCUCGCCCAUUUCUUCUCCUCAAAACCUCAUUGCCCUGGGCUACAUGGAACCGCCACUUUCCUGGGGCUUGUGGUUCGCUGUGGCCAUUCCCGUCUCAAUAAUCUCUGUGGUCCUCGUUUGGCUCCUUCUCCUCGUUUCGUACCGCCCUUCCCGAUCACCUGACGGUGAGGGCGAACUCGAGAUCAAGGGCAUUCGACCGAACAAGGAGCCUUUCACGCUGAAGCAGUGGUGGGUCGCCUUCGUGUGCCUGGGCACAAUUGCACUGUGGUGCGUCGCGCAACAGAUCGACAACUAUCUCGGCGACAUGGGUGUGAUUGCCAUCAUUCCGAUUAUCGCCUUCUUUGGCUCGGGCGUGCUGAAGCGGGACGACUUUGAGCAGUUCGCGUGGACGAUUGUCUUCCUUGCUAUGGGCGGUAUUGCGCUUGGACAAGGCGUUACACAGAGCGGGUUACUGGAAAUCUUCGACCACGGCAUCCAGGAAAUGCUCGAGGGCUUGACACUGUACAUGGUUGUUCUAGUCCUUUCGCCGGUCGUGCUGGUUAUUUCAACAUUUAUCAGUCAUACUAUUGCGAGCGUUUUACUCGUCCCGAUUGCCCAGGAGGUUGGGAAGAGCCUACCUGGAGACCACCAACGUCUCUUGAUUUUCAUCACUGCUCUCAUCUGUUCGACGGGCAUGGGUAUGCCUGUGUCAGGUUUCCCGAAUCAGACAGCUGCCAACCAGGAGGACGAGCUGGGACAGCUCUAUCUCACAAACGUCGAUUUCCUCAAGAAUGGUGUACCCGCCAGUAUCAUUGCCACAAUCGUUGUGGCUACCGUAGGUUUCUUAUUGAUGAAAGCCAUUGGGUUGUGAACGGUCGGGCGUUCUGGUGUAGCAUUCUUUUGGACCCAGACUUCCUAUUCCCAUCCAUGGGUUCAUAUAGGAAGUAUCUAGCGGACAACCUAUUUGCUCACUCAACCAUAGAACUUACAGAGAAUAUAAUUUAUCCCCGGGAUUUCCUCGGGUACCGUGCAAACACACCUGACCCUAUCCGAAACAAUCUAUUCCUCGCCUUCGGGCUGUAACUUCG